AUGGCGAGAAGCUCGUUGCGCCAACGCCUCCUUUCAAAACCCCGCCCAGCACCUCCCGCCAACCCUUUCUGCACCUCCACGGCCGCAGACCCGCCGGCGCAUACGAAGCUUCUAGAAGACCUCCGGCAGAUUAGGGUCCUCAUCCAACAGAGGCAGACCAACAGGGCGAAGGACAGCCUCCGCGCGCUCAUCCCUCUGCAAUCCGCUUCUCAGCUCUACAAUUCCUUCUCGCAAACCUUGCCGCCGUCGGGCACGAAGCCUGCGUUCGCAGACGCUCUCCUGACGGCCUACGCGGAGGCCAAGCGCCCCGACGAUUGCGGCGAAUUGUACGGCCUCAUCAGGGGCGAAGGUUAUUUCCCCUCGAUCCCAGCCUUCAACCUUCUUUUGCAGUCGCUGGUGGACUCGAGCCGAUUCCAGAGGACGCUCGAGGUUUUCUUCGACGCCGUUGAUUCUGGGGCGUCACUGGAUUAUUUCAGCUACGGCAAAGCGAUACAGUCGGCGGUGAAGCUGGGGCAUGUGGUUAAGGGUUUGGAGUUGAUGGGUCGGAUGAGGAGUAAUGGUUGGAAACCGGGAUGGUUUGUGUACAAUGUUUUGAUCAGUGGAUUGUGUAAGGAGAGGAGGCUGGACGUUGCCCGGAAGCUGUUCGAUGAAAUGCUCAGGUUGAAUGUGGUCCGGACAAGGGUGACCUAUAAUAUGCUGAUCGAUGGGUGUUGUAAAGCCGGAGAUUUGGAGGGGGCUUUUGUUUAUCGAGAUAGGAUGAAAAAUGAAAAAGUGGAGCCAAACAUUGUGACUUAUAACACGUUGCUCAAUGGGCUCUGUAAGAUGGGUAGAAUGGAGGAGGCUAGUAAGGUUUGGGAUGAAAUGGAGGCCCACGGGCUCGUGCCGGAUGGGUUCAGUUACAGUCUGAUUCUCGAAGGGCACUCUAGGCGAGGUGAUGUUGAGGCCUCAAUAGAUUUGUACAGUGAUGCAGUUAAAAGAGGCGUGAGCAUGAAUGCAUACACUUGUAGUGUUUUAAUAAACACUUUGUGCAAGGAAGGGAAAAUGGAUCGAGUGGAGGAGCUCUUGGCAAAGCUGAAAGAAUCUGGAGUUGCCCUGACUGAGGUCAUGUUCAAUACCGUGGUGAACGGCCACUGCAGGGCAGGAGAUAUCGAGAAAGCCCUCAUGGCUGUUGAGAGAAUGGAGAAGGAGGGUGUGGGGCCCAGCUGCAUCGCGUACAAUACAGUGAUCAACAAGUUCUGCGAACUGGGCCAGAUGGACAGUGCGAACGAAUGGGUUGAGAAAAUGAAGGCAAAGGGCGUUGGUCCAGACGUGCAGACGUAUAAUAUCCUGAUGGGUGGCUACGGUGGAAAUUGCCAGUUUGAAAAGUGUUUGCAGAAUCUUGACGAGAUGGAAGCCAAUGGCUUGAAGCCCAAUGUUGUCACUUACGGGUCCCUGAUAAACGGCUUCUGCAAGAAAGGGCGGGUUCUCGAAGCUGAGGUCAUCUUCAACGACAUGUUGACGAGAGGCGUGCUCCCGAACGCUCAGGUUUACAACAUGCUCAUACACGGUUUCUGCUCGGUUGGAAAAAUCGACGAUGCCCUUAGGGUUUUCAAUGAGAUGUUAAAUAAUAAAGUGCGUCCUACGAUUGUGACGUACAAUGCGCUCGUGAAGGGGCAAUGCAGGAAAAACAGGCUCCAACAGGCAGAAGAAUUAGCCUUUAGUGUUGCUCGUGAAGGCUUGAGUCCCGAUGUGAUCACAUUCAAUACCUUGAUCUCCGGGUUCUCUGCAGCAGGCAAACUGGACAAGUGUCUCGAAUUGUAUGAGAAGUUGAAAUCAUCUGGGCUGAGGCCCACGCUAAGCACCUACCACCCGCUGAUAAGUGUGAGCAAAAAGGACAGGCUGGAUCUCGUCGAGAAAUUCGUUCAAGAAAUAUCAAAAUUCAACUUGGCACCCGACCGAGUUGUUUACAAUGGGCUCGUUCAGUGCUACAUACAGCACGGGGACAUUCGAAAAGCUAACCAGCUUUGGCAGGAGAUGUUGGGUGCGGGGAUUUGUCCAGACAAGAUGACGUACAAUAGCUUGAUAACCGGAUGCUUGAAGGAAGGGAAUAUGCAGGCCGCAAGAGAGCUUUUUGACGGCAUGAUUUCCAAAGGAGUUGCGCCCAGUGACGAGACUUUCAACACGUUGAUCGAGGGGCAUUGCAAGCUGGGGGAUUUUAAUGGGGCUUAUGUGUGGUAUGAGGAGAUGUCGAGAGCCGGGCUUCUGCCGCGUGUCUCAGUCUGUAACGGGCUUCUUUCUGGGCUGAGAGAGGAAGGGAUGUUGGAGGAGGCUGAGAUUGUGAGCUCUCAAAUGAGUGCUAAGGGAGUUGAGCAGGGUUCGAGCGAUGAUCGAUCGGCUGUUCACGGCUGA